UACUUCAAUUGAAAAAAAAAAAAAACGUCCAGAAGGCAUGGGUUAGAAUAAAGCAGCGUUGCAAUUGGCUGAGCACACCAGGAAGUCCAGCCGCUCAGCUGCUGUCAUCUGACUGUGGCGCAGGCGCUCCUGCUUCCCGAAAGUCAACAGCAACAGCGGAAAAGCUCAACAUGGCACCCGUACUCGAACUUCCACACGCUGCAGCGAUCAUCGGGCUGAUAUUGUUCUCUAUGAUCCAACCUGCGGAGGCUUACGACGCGGGCGACGCUUUAGCCCUGCUGCUGGGCACCGUCCUCACGGUGGUGGGUUUCUGCGCCUGCCUGGGCUGGUACGCACGGAAGCGGAACGGACAGCUGUGAGAGAGGAUCUCCUUGUUGUGCGCCUGUCCCGUCCUGUUACCAUCCACCGCAUUGGUACCUUCAUGUGUGAUCUACUAUAUGGACCUUCUGGCACAAGGUUUGUGUCGAAGCGACUGAUAAGAAACGUGCCUUAUUGGAUUUAAUGCGUCAGGCGCAACGGGAACCACGUGGACUCUGAUGGAGAUGAGGAAGGGAAAAUCCAGGAAGUCCGAAAACAGGAACUGUUAAUUGUUGCACUGCUGAGAUUAAGGACCAAACACUGUUGCUUUCUGUAUGGAAAGACUGCUGCAGUUACUGUAUAUUGUCCUAAGGAUGCUUGCAUCGUAUAUUGCGCAUAGCUAUCUUCUGUGCUUGAUCACUGUGAUUUCCUCACUGAUGUGUUUAUGUCUGCAAUGUGCAACACAGCAAUGCCAUUGUUUGAAGCACAAUAUCACAAGUGUGGUUAAAUCAAAAGAGUAUAACUACUGUUUCAAUAUCUGCAAUUAAGACAUGUUACAAUA